AUGAUGAGCAGCACUGACAGAUAUUUUCUUGGCUUUUUUCGACCUCAGAAUGAAAUCUCCUUUGAUGAGGGCUUUAAAUUUUUUACUUCGUCAUUUGAAGAACACCCAAAGCUGAAAGAAACAGAUCAGGAGAGUGAAAAGAAUUCAUUGAAUGAUGGUCCUCAAAACCUCUGUGAUGUGAGUGAAGAAGUCCCACUGCUUGACCAGGAGAAAGAAAUAUUGCUGCCAGAAUUGCUUGAAGUUAAGUCUCCUGAAUAUGAACGGAGUGACUUAGAAAAGAAAAAGCAAGCUGAAUCACUGUUUGUACCAAGCAGUUUCCCAGUUGUGCAGGGCUGUCAGCUACCAAACAACAUGUUGCCACGACUCUUGGAAGAUGAAGGGUUUUACGUUCCAAGGAAGCCUUUUGUUCCUAGGAGAACAUACCACAAAAUGGAAAACCGUCUUCUACUGCAAGCAGAGGGGGAAAGCUGGUUAGAAGAAAGUGGCAAAAUAAUGUCAUUGCCUUCUCCAAUCAAGCGAUCAAGUGGUUGCCGAGUGUUUUUUCCUGCUGAGACUGACGCACAGUUAAAGACAACAUACAGGAAGCUCAGAGCAUUAAUAAAUGCUACAAAAGUAGCAGAAAGUAAUUUAGAAAUAAGUCAGCAGAGCACUAAAACUUUAGAAGAUUACAGAUCGCAGAUAAGAAAUACUAAAAAGUUAUAUGACAUCGAACAUCAAAGAGAUAGUUCUCUAAAACAAAAUAUGUUGAAAGUGUGGAAGCAAAUAAAAUCUGUACGUCAACAGCAAGGAUUUACCAGUACAACUGUAAAACUGCAGUUUCAAAAGUAAGUAGAUAAGACACUAUUUCUUU